AACCUGCAUCCCAUCCUCUUUGGACUCUUUCUGUUCAUGUACCUAGUCAUAGUGCUUGGUAACCUGAUCAUCAUCCUGGCUUUUAUCUCUCACUCCCACCUCCACAGCCCCAUGUACUUCUUUCUUUCCAACUUGUCCUUGGCUGACAUCUGUUUCACCUCCACCACAGUCCCAAAGAUGAUUGUGGACAUUCUAACUCACAGUAGGAUCAUCUCCUAUGUGGGCUGCCUGACACAGAUGUCUUUUGUUUCAAUUUUUGGAUGUAUGGAUGACAUGCUUCUGACAGUGAUGGCCUAUGACCAGUUUCUGGCCAUCUGCCACCCUCUGCACUAUGCAGUCAUUAUGAAUCCUUGCCUCUGUGUCUUACUACUUUUUGUGUGUUUCUUUCUUAGUCUUUUUGACUCCCAGCUACAAAAUGUGACUGCCUUGAAAUGUAUGCUUGGGGAUGUGGAAAUUGCUAAUUUUUUCUGCCAUCCUAUUCAGCUAUUUAACCUUUCAUGUUCUGAUACCUUGAUAAAAAACUUUGUCAUGUAUUUGGUUGGUACCAUAUUUGGCUUUAUUCCAAUGUUAGGGAUACUAUUUUCUUAUUAUAAAAUUGUUUCCUCCAUUCUAAAUAUGCCAUCAGCAGGUGGGAGUCACAAAGCCUUCUCUACCUGUAGUUCCCACCUGUCAGUUGUUUGCUUAUUUUAUGGGAGUGGUAUCGGUGUGCACCUUGGUUCAGCUGAGUCAUAUUCUUCCAGGAGGGGUGUGGUGACCUCAUUGAUGUACACAGUGGUAACCCCUAUGCUGAACCCCUUCAUCUACAGCCUGAGGAACAGGGACAUCAGUAGCACUCUGAAGAGGCUCCACUGUUGUAGAGUCUAA